UAGCUGACAAGACAAGUCAUUUCUUCCUGGUACUAUUUAAGCAUGACUACAUUGUUGGUUUUUUAGAAUCUAAUAAAAACCAGUAGUUGACAGAACAAUGGCACAAAAUCAUGUGUCAGGGAUGGAGACGUCCGCUAUAUCCGUCCUGAAGCGGGCGGUGGAGCUGGAUCACAGCAGCCGCUUCCAGGAGUCUCUAGUCUGCUACCAGGAGGGCAUCCAGCUGCUCAUGGACGUGCUGAAAGCAGCUGUGAAGGAUGACUCAAAGAGAGGGCAUUACAGAGAGAAGAUAAAGGGCUACAUGGACAGAGCGGAGCAAAUAAAAGCUCAUGUCAGCCAGAUGAAAGAAGAUGGGAAGUAUCACGAGCAGAUUAGAAUAUCAGAGGAUGCUACUGGUCAUAGCUAUGAGGCUCUGUUCAAGCCAUACAUCAGCAGUGCACUCACAGAGGUCUGGGUGGAGGACCCAUACAUACGACACACCCACCAGUUAUACAACUUAGUGCGGUUCUGUGAGAUGUUGCUGAAAGCCUCCUGCAAGGUGAAAAGGAUUCAUCUCCUCACUUCGCAGGAUGAAGCAGACAGCAGCCAACAGAGCAGCGCUUUGGCCGAGCUGAAAGAAAGUCUCAGUAACCAGGGAGUGACUCUGGAUCUGCAGUUCUCCUCCACCAUCCAUGACAGGGAGAUUAGGUUUGACAAUGGUUGGAUCAUAAAGAUAGGAAGGGGGCUGGAUUAUUUUAAGAGACCAAAGGGCCGAUUCUCCAUUGGAUAUUGUGACUAUGACCUCAGGCAGUGCCAGGAGACCACUGUAGACAUUUUUCACACCAAACACACAAAAACACUAUGAGACUCCUGAAGCUUGAUUUACCUUUUUUCUAACUCCACUUCUAACUCUUCUCCAAAGGACUUCAUUCACUUACCUGCCUUCAAGGGUAUACAGUAUAUAUAUAUAUAUCUGCUGGGCUGAUGGAUUCGCCUUCACUUAUGCAUAUGAUCGGCCUCAUAACAAUUGUGUAAUCGAGCAUUCUUUGACAAAGCUGUUAAAACACGCUUGUUGUCACAAUACUAUGUCUAAAUAACAACAAACUGUAUAAUGAGAUAUUCAGUAUUUCUAAUGGGGGUUUUUCUCCACACUUUUAAAGACUCUUUUCUAUGACCUGUUUGUCUUUCUAUACAUCUCUUCUGUAAUUAUGUGAAGGUGCCUUUUAGGGUGUGAUACUGCCAUCUGGUGGAAAGAUUAUUCAUUUGUUUAUAUUAAA